AUGUCGGAGCAGUUCAAGGCGGGGGAGAGCGGGUUGCUGGUGGUGUUUAUGCAUCCAGGCGAUGAGUCGCUGCCCACUUUCCACGACUGGUACGACACGGAGCACGUGCCACUUCGCAUCGAGCGCUUCCCCACCUUCCGCUCGGCGGUCCGAUACGCGGUCACCUCUACCACGCUCUCUCACUCUUCGCUGCCGGAGACGACUUGGGGUGCGCUGUAUACGAUUUCGGACAACUCGGUAUUCGCCCACACGAGCUACACCUCUCUGCGCACACAGCGCAGUCCACGCGAAGCCGAGCUUUUCACCAGGCUCGGUGUGGUGGAUCGUCGAAUCUACCGUCUGGAAUACGAUUCCGACACCGACCCCUCGCUCAGCCCACCCUCACCUCUGGGACUUGAACCCCAGCUGGCAAAAGAUACACCUUCGUAUUUGGUGUGCAACAGUGUCGAUAUCGCGCCCGAGGCCGAGAGCGAAUUCAACGCGUGGUGGGAGCAAGAACACGUACCCAUGCUUGCCAAAGUGCCCGGUUGGCGCCGAAGUCGACGCUUCACCCUCAUCGACAACGGCUUGACCGGCACCCACGCAAAGCCAGGCGAUGCCGACCAGGUGCCCAAGAACCUAGGUCUGCACGAAUGGCAUUCUCCGCCCGAAAACCACCCGGCCUACAAAGCCAGCCUCACCACCCAAUGGCGCGCCAAAGUCACGGGCGAAGACGAGCGCAACGUACUGCGUCGCGAACGCAAAACCUGCACCGUCUAUCGCGCCUGGGAUCCCACCGCCGCCCUCUCGCACGCUUGA